GGGAGAUGCCAGUCACGCCGGGAGGGCAGCCUUUGGAGUCCCUCCCGCCUGGUAAAAGAAAGAAGCUCAUUUAGCGGAGAACGAUCGCGUCCGGGACAAAGCUUUGCAGAGAAAAACGGUGCAUCGGAUUUCAAGCGCCUUUGGAAUCAUCUGCCUAGGACUGGAGAUGCGACUGCCCGAAAGGACUUUGAGCGCUGCUACAGAUCUCCCAUCUCGGGCGUGGCUCUGACCUUUUUUUUGUGUGUGUGUGUCCUGGGGCACCCCCACUCCCUCUUUCUUCUCAUUCCUUCUCAAAGUAGCCUCUCCUUGGUUACUUCUACCCGGUCCUCCCUUGCAUUCCCACCCUCUCCCCUGCCCAGGCCCCCCGAGGUCAGCUCAUGAAUAUCAGUGCACUUCCCGAGAAGCGUCUGGCACCGCUUGGUACCUCGCUUGGUCGUCAGCUCCGAGGAGGCGCAGCGCCAGCCUAGCCACCGACCGCGUCGAAGUCACCUGCUCCGGGACACGGGAGACAGACAUCCAGUCCGCCCCUUAACGCCAUUGUUUGUGGAAAUCGAGUGGGUGAGCAACUCGGGACAAAAGGGCCCAAAGACUAGUCCGGCCACGAAAACUCAGCAUACUACCGAGGUUAAAACUUUCCUCGGUUCCGAAAGACACAAUAAUAAACCCGGAGAGCCCAGGAAGACCGUGAGGAUUGGUUUCCAUCACCUGGAAACAUCGCCUCUGCUGAGAAAUUACAAAGGAAGACUUGGUGGCGUUGAAGAGGGAAGAAAAAUGAUCUGAGCUUGAUCCAUUCUAAAAAUCCGAGUCGAGCCCUCCCAGGACCCGCGAUGAGUCAGCCACCGACGGGGGGCGCUGCCCCUCCUGCAACCCCAGCUUCCGCCUCCUCCGCGGCCACCGAGGCGCGACUACACCCGGAGGGCAGCAGCCGAAAGCAGCAACGUGCUCAGUCGCCCGCUCGACUGAGGGACGGUUCGCUUCGCCAGACCGCCGCGGCCACGCGGUCGCCAAUAGGCUCCGGCUCCAAACUCAAUUCUGUCCGGCAGCAGCAGCUCCAGCAGCAGCAGCAGCAGCAGCUUCAGCAGCACCCGCAGCAGCAGCAGCAGCAGCAGCUGCAGGGCAACAAGUCUGGGAGCCGCGCGACGCCCGCGGCCAGCGCCCGCGGAGGCGGGGCCGAGAAGGCGGUGCCCGCGGCGCCUAAAGGGGCCGCAGCGGGCGCUGUCCCGGCCGCGGGUGGUGCUGAAACGGGCCCCGCGGCCACCCUGGCCCCCGGGGGCGGCAGAAAGCCCGGCGCCCCGGAGGAAGCGCCCCGAGAGCUAGAGCCCGUGCCUGCGAAACGCGGGGAACCCCCUCCGCUCGGGGAAGGAGGAGGAGGAGGGCUGGGGGAAGGAGGAGGAGCCGGCAGCGGCUCGGGGGAGAAGGAGGGGGGCGCUCCGCAGCCGCCGCCGCCGCCCAGGGGCUGGCGAGGGAAAGGCGGCCGCGCGCAGCAGAGGGGCGGCAGCGCCGGGGAAGGGGCUUCCCCGUCGCCUUCCUCCUCGGCGGCCAAACCCCCCAGCUCCGCUAGCAGAAAUCCCGGAGGCAGCGGCGGCGGCGGCGGCGGCGGCUACUGGAAAGAAGGAUGUCUGCAGUCUGAGCUCAUCCAGUUUCAUCUCAAGAAAGAGCGGGCGGCGGCGGCGGCGGCGGCGGCUCAGAUGCAUACGAAGAACGGGGGAGGGGGCAGCACCCGCAGCUCCCCGAUCGCGGGCGCCCCGGCCGUGUGCGAGCCCCUGGCCACCCCCGCGGCCUCUCCGAUGGCGGCGGCCGCGGAGGGCCCCCAGCAGAGCGCCGAGGGCAGCGCGAGCGGCGGGGCCCUGCAGGCGGCGGCGCCCCCCGCCGCGCGGCCCAACCCGCAGCCGCUCCAGGAGCAAGAAGAGAUGCAGGAGGAGAUGGAGAAGCUGCGGGAGGAGAACGAGACUCUCAAGAACGAGAUCGAUGAGCUCAGGACCGAGAUGGAUGAAAUGAGGGACACUUUCUUCGAGGAGGAUGCCUGUCAGCUGCAGGAAAUGCGCCACGAGUUGGAGAGGGCCAACAAAAACUGCCGGAUUCUGCAGUACCGCCUCCGCAAAGCCGAACGCAAACGGCUCCGUUACGCACAGACCGGGGAAAUCGACGGGGAGCUGUUACGCAGCCUGGAGCAGGACCUCAAGGUUGCAAAGGAUGUAUCAGUGAGGCUUCACCAUGAACUGGAAAAUGUGGAAGAAAAGAGAACAACAACGGAAGAUGAAAAUGAGAAAUUGAGGCAACAGCUCAUAGAGGUUGAGAUCGCAAAACAAGCUUUACAGAAUGAGCUGGAAAAAAUGAAGGAGCUAUCCCUAAAAAGAAGAGGAAGCAAAGAUUUACCAAAAUCAGAAAAAAAGGCUCAACAGACUUCCACAGAGGAGGACAAUGAAGAUUUGAAAUGCCAGCUGCAGUUUGUGAAAGAAGAAGCGGCUUUGAUGAGAAAGAAAAUGGCCAAGAUCGACAAAGAAAAGGACAGAUUCGAACACGAGCUCCAGAAGUACAGAUCCUUCUACGGGGAUCUGGACAGCCCUUUGCCCAAAGGAGAGGCGGGAGGUCCCCCCAGCACCCGGGAGGCCGAGCUGAAGCUAAGGCUGAGGCUGGUGGAGGAGGAAGCCAACAUUCUGGGCAGGAAAAUCGUGGAACUGGAGGUGGAGAACCGAGGCCUGAAGGCAGAACUCGACGAUCUGCGGGGCGAUGACUUCAACGGCUCGGCCAACCCGCUCAUCCGGGAGCAGAGCGAGUCCCUGUCGGAGCUGCGGCAGCACCUGCAGCUGGUGGAAGACGAGACGGAGCUGCUGCGGCGGAACGUGGCCGACCUGGAGGAGCAGAACAAGCGCAUCACCGCCGAGCUCAACAAGUACAAGUACAAGUCGGGUAGCCACGACAGCGCGCGGCACCACGACAGCGCCAAGACCGAGGCCCUGCAGGAGGAGCUGAAGGCCGCGCGCCUGCAGAUCAACGAGCUGAGCGGCAAGGUGAUGCAGCUGCAGUACGAGAACCGCGUGCUCAUGUCCAACAUGCAGCGCUACGACCUGGCCUCGCACCUGGGCAUCCGCGGCAGCCCCCGCGACAGCGAUGCCGAGAGCGAUGCAGGCAAGAAAGAGAGUGACGACGACUCGCGGCCCCCGCACCGAAAGCGCGAGGGGCCCAUCGGCGGCGAGAGCGACUCGGAGGAGGUGCGCAACAUCCGCUGCCUCACGCCCACCCGCUCCUUCUACCCCGCCCCGCCCGGGCCCUGGCCCAAGAGCUUCUCCGACCGGCAGCAGAUGAAGGACAUCCGCUCCGAGGCCGAGCGCCUGGGCAAGACCAUCGACCGGCUCAUCGCCGACACCAGCACCAUCAUCACCGAGGCGCGCAUCUACGUGGCCAACGGGGACCUGUUCGGACUGAUGGACGAGGAGGACGACGGCAGCCGCAUCCGCGAGCACGAGCUCCUCUACCGCAUCAACGCGCAGAUGAAGGCCUUCCGCAAGGAGCUGCAGACCUUCAUCGACCGGCUCGAGGUGCCCAAGUCCGCGGACGACCGCGGUGCCGAGGAGCCCAUAUCCGUGAGUCAGAUGUUCCAGCCUAUCAUUUUACUUAUUCUCAUUCUUGUAUUAUUUUCAUCACUUUCUUACACAACAAUAUUUAAACUUGUCUUCCUUUUUACACUGUUUUUUGUACUGUAAAUCUUUCAUCAUUUACCAUUCAUUGUA